AUGGUCAACUACGUCAGGAAAUUCAUCCCUGAUCUAGCAACCAUCACCGCACCCUUGGUUGACCUUACAAAAAAGCAAGCAAUUCAAUCAGUAGCGAAACGUUGGCGUCCGGAGCAUGACACAGCAUUUGCAGAAAUAAAGCAACGCUUAACUAAAGCACCAGUGCUGCAUUUCCCGGACUUUUCUAAAGAGUUUGUGCUUCAUGUCGAUGCCUCGGAAGUAGGAGCAGGAGCAUUCCUGGCUCAAAAGAACGGCAACAAUCUGAAUAUUAUAGCGUACUUUUGCCAACGCUUUAACAAAAGCCAGCGACAUUACUCUGCAACCAUCAAGGAGUGCUACGCCGUGGUACUGGCGAUCCAACAUUGGCACCCGUACUUACGGGGUAGACACUUCACGUGCGUCAGUGAUCAUGCAGCACCAAGGUAUCUCUACACCAUGCAAAACACUUCGAACAUGCUUACGAGAUGGGCUAUCGCAAUGCAAUCCUUUGACUUCACGGUACAACACAAACCGGGGAAAUUGCAUGUAGUACCGGACACGCUGUCACGACUGUUCGCGUUCGAGAACGAACAAGACCGACUCGUGCCAAGUCUUGCGCCAAUCUGCCGCAAUGUACCAGACGAUCCCAACUUCCAAAGAGCAACACCUCAAAGACCAUACCAAGUACAACCUGUCCCUAGCGAUAGGGAGUUGUUUUCUGUCAGCGCCACUACUGUUUUCGAGUCUGUUGAUGAAAGCCAGCUGCGUAAGAAGCAAGAAGCAGAGUACGGUGAAUAUAUCCGUUACAUCCAAGAUGACAACGCACCGCUACCAGACAAGGAAACGACAGCCACAAUGUCAUACUAUUCCUUACAAGACGGUCGCAAAGAUGGGGGUGACUUCUCCGGCGACUCUGCGGCGGAAGACAGACAAAGGUUAACAGAAGAGCUCGUGGCCCUAAGGACGCAAGUUAGCUCGCUGACGGAUCAGAUGAGCCAGCCAAUGUCGCUAGUGGAAGAUACCAUGAAGGCAAGCAAGAAGGAGGAGCCAGCUGGCACCAUGGAGGGUGCCGCUGAUCGCGGCGAUGCUAAGGAGAGCGCCGCCGCGGAGUCCACGAAUGCCGAAGGA